CUUGUUGCAACCGGCCUCCCCCUCUCUCUUAGUUAAUUAGGCGUACAACAAUACGGUCAAAUUUUGAUUAUUUUUUCAGAUUUUCAACCUAGGCCAAAAGGGAACAAUGGGCGACGACGAGAAGGUGAAGAGCGAGGCUCUGCAGAUAAUCGAACGACACCAGAACUUGCCGAGUCUCGUCGUCUUCGAUCUCGACUACACCCUCUGGCCCUUCUUCUGCGAGUGCUUCUACUACGACGACACACCGUAUCUUUACCCGCAAGCCUCGGGAAUAUUGUAUGCGCUCAAGGACAAGGGAAUAUCCAUGGCUGUUGCUUCGAGAUCUCCAACUUCUGACGUUGCCAAAUCUUUCCUCCAAAGACUGGGUAUCCACUUGUUGUUUCUUACCCAGGAGAUUUUCUCCAGUUGGACUCACAAAACACAGCAUUUCCAAAGAAUUCAUGCAACCACUGGGGUACCCUUUACUGAGAUGCUUUUCUUUGACGACGAGGAUAGAAAUAUUCAAACGGUUUCAAAAAUGGGUGUGACAAGCGUUUUAGUUGGUAAUGGGGUGAACCUUGGAGCUUUGAGGCAGGGUUUGUCCGAAUUUGCUCGAAAGUCAGCUUCAUCUAGCAGGAGCUAGUAGGGAUCGUUUCCCCCCGUCUCAGGACUGCAAUGCGUAGUUUCGCAUUUGGUUGUUCUGGUGCCAAUUCAUGCGAUGAGAUUGAUGUAUUGUUGCUCGGAAAUGAAGUUCAUGCAUGCUUGUGAACUACUCAAAUGUAACUAUCAUUCAUUUAGUGACCUAGAUACAUUGUAUUGAUCAACCUGUCAUUGGCUAAAUUGUACCACAUUCUUGUACUACUUAGAAAGAAAUGAUCAUUUAUGUUAGUAAAUUUGAAACA